GCGGGGGAUCCUGGACUCGGGCCGCGGCGCGCUGGCGGGCGCGUGGCCUGGCGCGCGAUGAGCGGGGCCGGCGGGGCGCGGGAGGCGGCGGGCGCGGCGCGGGGGCUGCGCGUGGACGGGCUGCCCCCGCUGCCCAAGAGCCUGAGCGGGCUGCUGCACUCGGCGGCGGGCGGCGCGGCGGGCGGCUGGCGGCACCUGGAGCGGCUGUACGCGCAGAAGUCGCGCAUCCAGGACGAGCUGAGCCGCGGCGGCGCGGGCGGCGGCGGGGCCCGGAGCGCGGCGCUGCCCCCCAAGCCGCCCAACCUGGACGCCGCGCUCGCCCUGCUGCGCAAGGAGAUGGUCGGCCUCCGGCAGCUGGACAUGUCCUUGCUCUGCCAGCUGUACAGCCUGUACGAGUCCAUCCAGGAAUACAAGGGGGCGUGCCAGGCGGCCUCCAGCCCCGACGGCACCUACGCCCUGGAGAACGGCUUCUUCGAGGAGGAGGAGGAGUUCUUCCAGGAUCCCAGCUCGCUCCUUGACGGGAGGCAGCGGGGCCCGCCCAGGGACCCGAGGGACCCGGCCCUGCCCUCAGGGACCCUCUCCGGCAGCGACUGGAUUCUGGAGUCCAUCUAAGAGGGUCUCCGGAGGGACCCGCCCGUCUGGGCCCAGGGCCAGCAUUUUGCUUCUCUGGCAAGGAGGCGCCUCUGCUCCUGCCUGCGUUGAGGGUGGUCCCCAGGCACCUGGGACCAGUGGCCAGUUCCGUAGGCAGGGACACCUGUUGGCCGUCGGUGUUGAUGUUGGGGUUUCUGCUCGGGUGGUUAGGAGGUGCCCGGCGGCAUCCUUGACACCCAGGGACGGGCCGCUCCUGCCAGGACUCGGGGUGAGCAUGUGACGGAGGGUCCCAGCGAAAAUGCUCACGGUGUUUCCUGCGAGAGGACUCCGAGCCGGGGAGGCCUGACAGCUGGGGGAUGGUCCGCGCCCUCCGUCGCGGGGCUUGUGGGGUUCGCCGGCGAGCGAUGUAUCGGAACUGACACUUCACGGCGCCCUUCCUUCCUUCCCGGCCUCUUUGGCAGCCUUUUCUGCUGUUUUGGGAGCUUCUGAGCCUCUUGGCGGAGCUUUAUUUCUCUGUCGGGCUGUGUCACUGACCGUCCGGGUGACUCAGUGACAGCUCAUUACUGACAAAGCAAGCAUGGCAGGUCACACCGGCCACUGCAUUCUCUUGUGGAAAUUCGUCUCGCUCUGUGCCCGUCAGCUGCAGGGGGAAGGAGGAGGACGGGAGGGUCUGCCGAUGGGGAACUGGGCUCCUUUCUCAUGUCACGCGCUGUCGGGCGGGGGGGGUGGUGGGGGCAGACGUUUCUGUUUGGGAAGAUCCUGGAUGUUCCCUGGGAUGUGCCAAAGCGGACACCCCCCCCCCCCCUUCACUCAGAACAGAGAUCACCUCGAGCCUUAAUCUAUUUAUUCAAAGCCUCUAUGAACACGUUACACUUUGUAGAUUAAAAUGAUAAAAUACAUCGAACUCUGUCUGUGGUUGUGUCUUAUUUUGGCCUGAAAUCAGAAUCCACUUUCCUGGCUGGAAUGCACUGAAUCUAAUCAGAAACGGGGAGGAAAUGACUGUUUUCUUGCCAUGAAGAGUUUGGAAGCAGCUCUGCUCCCCCGUCGGCUGCUUCUCGGACAUGUGUGUCCACAGUGGAUCGUUUGCAGGGCGGUCUCAGGGCUGCUCGGCCUUUUUUUUUUUUUUUUUGGUUCCCCUCACCUGAGGUGAGGAUAUUUUUCCAUUGUUUUUAGAGAGAGUGGAAGAGAGAGGGCAAGGCAGAGAGAAACACAUCAAUUGGUUGCCUCCUGCACAUGCCCUGACCAGGGCCCAGGCCGGGGAGGAAGGAGCCUGUAACUGAGGUACGUGCCCUUGACCGGAAUCGAACCCAGGACCUUUCAGUCUGCAGGCUGAUGCUCUAGCCACUGAGCCAAACCAGCUAGGGCCUAUUGGGCCUUUAAUACUCUAACCCCCUGCUCCUCUUCUUCCUUUUGGGGUGAAGAUUGCUUUUUGGCACCUCAUGGCAGAGAGGGGACGUGGAACUCUUCGGGAACGCGUGCUGGCGGCCUGUGUGUGCGGGGCCCUGCGUCGGGAACUGGGCGAGGUGCUGGGAGGAAGCGCGUUCCUGCUCAUUUCCUGCGUUGAAAGGAGCAGCUACGUGGGGGGUGGCUUUCAGUGCGUGACAUACUGUCCAGUGGGGACAAGAAAUCGAAAGUGAUUAAGACCAGCCCUAGUCAGUGUGGCUCAGUGGAUAGAGUGUCGGCCUGCAGACCGAAGGGUCACAGGUUCGAUUCUGGUCAAGGGCAUGUACCUCGGUUGCAGGCUGGAGCCCUGGCCCUGGUUGGGGCACGUGCAGGAGGCAAGCCAUUGAUGUGUUUCUUUCACAUCGAUGUUUCUCUCCCCCUCCCUUCCCCUCUCUAAAAAUCAGUGGAAAGAUGUCUUUGGGUGAGGAUUAACAAAAAAAGAGAGAAGGCCAUACCAUCUCCAGCCUGCCUGGACCUACUGAAUUGGGCCUAUUUUUUU